UAAAAAAAAAACGAUCUCUAUAAAUUUGAUAUCAGUACAUACAGCAUUGAAGCCACAAAUGCGCAUGCGCAAAAAAGCAAUUAAUUCGUAAACAACACUGCGGGGAGUGCCGAGGCAAGCUAUCAACUAUGAUCAAUCAUCCACUUGACUUGUGGCAAAUAAUACUCGAACUGGUACUGCUGCGUAUAUUAGCAGUAUCGCUAGCGCUUUUCAGUUGAUCAUAUUCCAUUAAACGUUUAUAAAGUCAUAAAGAGUGAUUUUUUAACAUUUGCCAUGGAAUAUUGGUCGAUAUUGUUAUUGAUAGUGAUCGGUGCGUUAAGCAUUCAUUAUCUUUUUAGAAAUUUUAAUUUCUUUAAAAGGCAUGGUGUUUUACACUUUCCGUUAGCUACAACAUUUGGAAUCACAGCAUCACUCAUGUUUAAACGAAUGUCGAUAAUCGAUUUUCUCCUGAAGCUAUACAAUUUCAAUCCAGACGCAAAGUAUAUUGGAAUCUACGUUAUGAAAGAACCAGCCAUUUUGCUCCGCGAUCCAGAACUGAUUAAGUUCAUUCUUGUUAAAGAUUUCGAGGCAUUUCCAGAUCGUCGAGGUUUCUCCGGAUUGGAUGAGCCUUUAAUUGCAAAAAAUUUAUUUUCUCUUCGCGGAGAAAACUGGCGGAAUGUAAGAACUUUGUUGAGUCCAUCUUUCACGUCCAGCAAAAUGAAAAUGAUGUUCACGUUGAUGUCUGAAUGUGCUGAGGAUUUUACUAAGUUUCUGUCGACAUUACCGGAGAAUAAAAGCGAGAUGGACAUGAAAGACGCCUUCUCUAGAUAUGCGAAUGACGUCAUCGCCACAUGUGCCUUUGGAAUCAAAAUCAACUCUAUGAAAGAUCCGACAAACACGUUCUACGCUUACGGCAAGGAAUUGGUUAAUUUCUCACGGGAACGUCCUUUAAAGUUCCUUUUCCUUAGAACUUUUCCAAGUAUCGCGCGAAUUUUCAAUAUAAAGUUCAUAAACGAUAACGUAUCGAAAUUCUUCAAAGAUAUUAUAAGAACUACAAUCGCUACUCGCGAUGCGGAGCACAUUACACGCCCAGAUAUGCUGCAAUUAAUGAUGGAUAUCAGAGGAAAGGAAGGUCGCAGAGAACUAGACAUUGAUGAUAUAACUGCGCAAGCAUUCGUCUUUUUCCUCGGUGGUUUUGAUACCAACUCGACCGCGAUGUCUUUCGCAGCCCACGAGAUUGCAGCUAAUCCAGAAGUUCAGGCGAAAUUGCAGCAAGAGAUCGAUGAGAUUUUGGAAGAGUCGAAUGGAGCAGUGUCGUACGAAUCUGUUAAUAAAUUAGAAUAUUUAAAUGCGGUGAUAAACGAAGUUCUCAGAUUAUAUCCACCAGUUGGCUUCUUAGAUAGAAAAUGCGAGAAACCUUAUGAAUUACCACCUGCAUUGCCUGGCGAGAAACCAUUUGUCGUGAAUAAGGGUAUGAAUUUUUGGAUUCCGACUUACGCGAUACAUAAUGAUAAAAAGUACUAUGACAAUCCAGAGAAAUUUUAUCCAGAAAGAUUUUUAAACAAUAAGAUGCACCACUAUUCCUUCUGUUACAUGCCAUUCGGAUUAGGACCAAGAAUGUGUAUAGCUAACAGAUUUGCCUUGUUGGAACUCAAAGUUUUGCUGUUCCAUUUAUUAGCGCGAUGCGAGCUGAAACCUAGCGCGAAAACUACGUCUCCAAUCAAAUUUAGCAAAAAUCUGAUACCAAUGCCAGAGAAUGGAUUCUGGUUGAACAUUCAGCGUAGAAAAGAUAUAAAUCCCAUUUUGAAAUCUAUGGUCGUGGAUGGCUAAGUUUCCAGAAUUUCAAAUUGUAAUAACAAAAAAUUUCAUUUAUAUUAAAAAUUACUUUUGUAAUAGAAAUUGCAUUUUUAUGAGUAAAUGUAUACAAAUUAUAUGUUGUAAUAAAAUAUACAAAUUUAUAUAUUGAAAUUACUUGUUAAAUAUCAGUAAUUAUUAUUGAAAAUAUUGAAUUAAUGUUUAAUGUAAGUAAAAUCAAGAUUAAUUAUGGCCAUGUCUGUUUAUAAGAUUGAAUCUAUAUACUUUCUUCUUGCAAUAUUUCUUAUUAAUCCAUAAUAUCCAUAUUUUUCUAGGAACAAUAAAAGAUAAUUGGAAAUAAAAGCAUGUAGAAAUAUUUAUUAUAUUAAAUAAUAGCGUAGCAAUUUAUAUAAGAUGUCCAUAUUGCAAUUUUAGAUAAUAUGUUUGUAUUUUAAAAUUUAUUGUUAUUAUGAAUUAAAGUUUGUUUAUAUCAA